AGCAUAAGAAGCAGAGCCUCACAGCCGUCGGUGUGCGCAGCGGUCCCAGGCGACGAGCGCUGUGGGCGCUGUCAGCGCCAACGCCAGGUCACGCCUCUUGGAGUUGCGUCGCAAGUGGCGCCGCGAGGGCUACACCGUGGGCGGAACCGUCAGCUGCGCCAUCACCCUGGUUGGCUGCAUGCUUCUCUUCGUGGCAAUCCUGGCGAUCGCCAGGCCUAAGCCAGCGAAAAUCAAGGGCUGCGACACUGCCACGUGCAACUUGUACGCUGACGUGGUGAAGUUCAGUGUCCAGACGGCGGUGGAGCCGUGCAACGACUACUACCAGCACGUGUGUGGCGGCUGGCUGCGCCAGCGCCGGGACAGCGUACGAGAGGGCAUGCUCACCACGUUCGCUACGCGAGUCUCGCAGCUGGCGCGGCGCCUCAUUGUACCGGCUCACUUCCAGACUCCCCGGGAACGGGCCGCUAUGGCGUACACGGCCUGCGCCGACACGGCGUCGAAGUACACAAAGGUGGCGCCGGAGGACGUCAGUCCGUGGCCGUACGCUGUCAAGAUGGUUUCAGGGGUCGAGAAGACGGCGCCUCUUCUUGCCCGCGUGUACAGGGAGGAGCUGGACUUCUCGCUGAUGCCGUACGCGCUCGCGUUUCCCGUGUACGAGUCCGACGCUCCUCUGAGCGCCAAGUACGGUGCCCUCGGUUCCGUCGUCGGCGCCAGUCUCGCCGAGCUGUUCUUCGCCAACGGCUCUUGGACCGGGGCCACCGAAGUCAAGCUUACUAACGAGAUCUCGUGCCUCUUAAGCCGGAAAAAGAACGCGAGCUCUCUCAGCUUGCUCGAAUGGGAGCAGAUGUUCAGAUUUGCCUCUGUCGAGGCAAUCUGGAGGGCGUACCGCGCGGCGCGGGCGAACCGUGAGCCCGAGUACAUAGAGAACGCGCCGGACAUGCGCGGCGACAGGCUGUUCUUCUUCACCUGGUGCUUCCUGCAGUGUGGUGAGACGUUCGGCAGGGAUGCCUGCAAUGGCCCACUGAUGCACUCAACCGCCUUUGCCGAUGCUCACCAUUGCGCCAAGGGAACGCCUAUGAGGAAAAAGUGGCCGUGUGCGCUGCUGACGGCCGAAUGAACUAUGGGAGCGAACGAGUCUUAACGAGGGAAUCCCUUGCGAGUGAUUCUUUCCGUACGAUUUGUGCGAAUAUACUUGGCUCGCUGGCCCUGCUAGAUACAACUACAGUGACACUCAGCAUAUUAUAGCAUUGGUGUUAAAAUUGUUUUUAUUUACAGCAAAAUAAACUGUUGCUAUCACUGUU